GGGAAUAUCUCUCGAUGAUGCUCAUCAUUUCUGUUACUUAUCAUCGGCAGAUGUUUCCAAUACACCGGCGGGAUAUGUUGUGGGACGUCGUGGGGCACUAUCUUGUGGGGGGCAGAUUUGAACUCAGGGCUCAGACCAAUUAAAUGAGAUGUUUGGCUAUCAAACAAAGCUGAGCUUGCAUGGAUUGACAGCUUUCAGGUACUGCGCUAUUAUCACUAGAGCAGAGAAGAUUUGUGAAGAAAUUCAGCUGCACCACACACACACACGAUCAACAGUGAAAUGGUUCCAAGAAUAAUGCUCCCCUUUGCUACGCUACGCCUAUAAAAUUACAAACAAAGAUUCCAAACUCAAACUUUAAGCCCUCUCUCUCUCUCUCUCUCUGGGUCUCUGUGUGUGUGUGUGCUCGCUGUGCAAAUGGAAGAAAAGAAUCACUACAAGAGGGGUUUCUGGACAGUGGAAGAAGACAAGAUUCUCAUGGACUACAUCCGAGUGCACGGGAAAGGGAAGUGGAAUCGCAUAGCUAAGGUGACAGAUUUAAAGAGGUGUGGGAAGAGCUGCAGGUUAAGGUGGAUGAAUUAUCUAAGCCCCACCGUGAAGAGAGGCGAAUUUUCAGUGGAAGAAGAUGACCUUAUCAUUAGGCUCCAUAAUCUCCUUGGCAACAGGUGGUCUCUAAUCGCUGGCCGAGUGCCUGGCCGAACUGACAAUCAAGUGAAGAACCAUUGGAACACUCAUUUGAGCAAGAAGCUCGGGAUAAGAAAGGAAAAGGGUAAACUUGGUGUCUCUUCGUCACUAUCAAGCUCUAAAAAAAGCAAUCGAGUAGAGGAAGUUCUCAAGCUCCCCACUGAUUCGAAUUCUGAUCUUUCAACUACUUGUGACAGCAACAGUACUAAGCCCGUCCAACCCAAACUGAUGAAGGCAAGCAUUCAGAACACUGUUGAAGCGUUGAACAAACAAGAUCCGGCCGUUGGUGAAUGUUUUGAGAGUUCUUUUUGGCCUUUCACUGAUGAUUUAAAUUCAAAUUCCCCUACCUUGACAGAGCUUCUUGAUGGAUAUCCCUUUGAUGCGGCCUGGCAUACCUUGUAACCUCUCUCUCUCUUUCUCUCUCUCAAAGAGCAAGAAAUAGAAAAGUAAAAUACUCCUUUGCUGUGAUCAGUUUUAGCCGCCUCCAAAAGUACUUUUCAUCUCUGAAUAAGAGAUGCACCCAACCACUUAUUUUACUAGAUAAACAAUGUUUUGAAUUGAAGUGAAUGUAAAUGAAGUUGGAGUGCUGUCUACUGGA